GGCGGUUCGGACAAAGUAUCGUUUGAGGACCAUAUUUUCCCAGAAUUGUGGCUUACAUUAAACAUUUUUGUAAACUAUUGGUUUUUGUGAUAAAUGUCGGCAAUAUUUAAAAUACUUUAUACUCACCCCCGCCGAAAACCGAGACGGCGCCUCACCACUGCUGUUAAUGUAUGCGAUUCUCCGAAUUCCGAAUUGUGCAUGACGGAUGAGAACACAUCUGCAAUGCAGACACUCUACGACUGUCGCCGUGUUCAAUCGGCUGUUGCCGUCGACUUGGACAAAUUUAGAGGGCACCUGUACGUGUUGGACAGCGGAUACGACAACUGUCAACCGAAAAUUAUCGUUUAUGACCUGAAGUCUUACAAAUGUAUACAAUCAGUAGAACUUGGCGGGCUCAACGGAUCGAGACUUGCCACGCUGGUGGUAGAUGCGAGACCGUUCAAAGGUGAGACGAGGGUGUACGUGGGUGAUGCGCACGGCGGACGUAUCGCGGUAUUAGACCCGGACCGAAACAUUUGGUACAUGAUCGCAUUACUACACGUCCAGAACUACGGUAGCGCAGUUAUACAGGAUUACCGCAGACCGGAAAUCUACCAGGAUGUUCCUGCAGAAUGCAUAGCUGUCUCCAAGCUACAGUCGUCUGUGUACUUGACGUCAAAGCGCUCACAUGAUUUGUACACGGCUUCGUUCAAGGAACUUCGGAAUCUCACCUCUUACGUUACGCCUAACGUAAAGAACGGUGACGUGCUUCCGGUCGGAUUGCGAGUGCGCUGGGAAGGCGUCAAGCUGGGCGUUUCGAGCGGGCUGUACGCCGACAUACAGGGUGGUCUCAACUAUGUGUACACCAGAGAUUUCGUGGCCGUCAGAUUGAGUUUGAUCGCUGGCGCCGCACCGGUCGCGGCGGAGAACCACAAGGUGCUGUUGCAGUCGUAUGAUUUGUUACCGGCGGUCACGAAGAUAUUCACGGACAAUGUGAAUUAUCUGCAGGUGUGGGCCCUAAACGCUGUGCCCAACUCGAAAAACCGUCAUCUGGUCAAAAUAAACACGCUCACAUUAUAAACGUCGUCGUCCGUUUAUUAUUAUUAUUAUUAUUAUAUACUAUAUAAGGGUGUACCUGUCGGAAGAUUUGACGAUUUAAAUGAGCAUUAUUGCCGUCCCUUUAAGAUUUACUCUGUAUAAACAAGAUGGUUCAACAAGUAUGCUCACCGUCUCCUCCGUAUUUCUUUUAGUAAUUAAUUUAUAAGAAUUCUUAUUUUUGGGAUUCCGAAGUACAUGCAGUUAAAAACCGUAAUUUUUUUUAAGUAUUUAUAUUUUUUUAUGCUAUUAAGGAUUUUCCUGUGUUGAUACAACAAUAUAUAAACUAACAAGUAACGAGUUUGGUGAGCAUGCUUGUUGAAUAUCAUCGUGUAUUAUAAUAUAUCCAACUAUAUAUGGAUAUAGACGACGUUUAUAAACUUUAAACAUAAUAUUUAUUUAUACUAUAUUCUCGUACACUAUAAUAUGUCGUUCCAUUUAAGUAUAUAUAUAUAUAUAUAAUCAUAUUACUGUUUACGGAAUUUGUGCAUUAUUAAGUUAGAUACUAUGCGAAACGGGGUCAUCAAUAUUCUAUUUAUAACUGGUUACAAAAAUUAUUAAUUAUCGAGUCGAUUUUUGAAUAAAUUGUUUUUAGAUAGUUUUAAAAAGUACGAAUUUACUU